CUGGCGCUGAUAGCGCCCCCAUAGCAAGAGCGGUAAAAGCCGUAAAAGUUAGCAAUGCAAUAGGCAAAAUGGCCGAAAUGCAGUGUACGCUCCGAGUUGUUUUGUAGCCAGUCUGGCAAUGUUAACGUAAAUACUCACAUUAAGAUGACGUCAAACGUUUUGAUACUGUUUCGGAGACAUCUCAUUUUCACCUUGCUACUCGUCAAGCUGGAAGGUGCCCACCUCAGCCAGCACCAAGUAAAGCAAGAACUUUAUAUGUGCUACCUCUGUGAUGACAGCAACUGCUCGGAUAAAAGUAUAUGUGACGAUGCCAUAGUGUGCUUCAGUUCAUUUGUUGUCAAUAGUGAAGGGGAAAAGGUAUAUCAGAAGGGCUGUGUGAAGAACAAUGACAUGGUCCAAUGGACAUGUAACACAAAGAGCUUCAACUGGAAUGGAGAACAUUCAGGAGGCUACAGUAGCACCUGCUGCCGGGGGCACUUAUGCAACAAUGGUUCCUUCCCAACGCUUGCUCCAAGCCAUAUGCAAUCAACAGUUGGGGAACCAUCCCAGGGUAAAUCAUCCUAUGCUUGGAUUUCCUUGGUUGGUGCAGCCAUUCUACUUCCUGUCGCAAUCGUUAUUGCGUUUGGAGUUCAGCGAUACAAGCAGCGAAAUAAGAGGGGAGCGGCCCUCGUAUCGACCGACGCCAAUGCGUUUUACAGAGAUGAACUGCGGGUGUCAGCUGCAGGAGACAGUACGCUGCGUGAAAUGUUUGAUCACUCCAUCACAUCAGGAAGUGGCUCUGGGCUACCGCUGUUGAUCCAGAGGACCCUAGCCAAACAAAUUCAUCUAGCUGAUUGUAUAGGAAAGGGCCGUUACGGAGAGGUGUGGCGUGGAGUAUGGCAGGGAGAGAGCGUAGCUGUAAAGAUUUUCUCAUCACGCGACGAAGCGUCAUGGUGCCGCGAAACCGAAGUCUACAGCACCGUACUCCUACGGCACGACAACAUCCUGAGUUACGUGGGGUCGGACGUUACGUCGUACAACUCCUGCACCCAGUUGUGGCUCAUCACCCACUAUCACGACCUGGGCUCUCUGUACGACCACCUGAACCGCACCACACUUACCACCCAACAGAUGAUGAUAUUUGCACUCUCCAUCGUGUCCGGCAUUGUGCACCUGCACACAGAGAUCCUCGGAACACAGGGCAAGCCCGCGAUUGCUCAUCGAGACAUCAAGAGCAAAAACAUACUCGUCAAACUGAAUGGGACAUGCGUCAUUGCGGACUUUGGGCUGGCUGUUAUGCACACGCAAACGACCGGCAGAUUGGACAUUGCACAGAAUCAUCGUGUGGGGACAAAGCGCUACAUGGCCCCUGAAGUUCUGGAUGAGUCAAUCAACCCAUCUUCGUUUGAGUCCUACCGGCGUAUUGACAUCUAUGCACUGGGCCUCGUGCUGUGGGAGGUGUGUCGUCGCUGCUUUAGCGGAGGUAUUGCUGAGGAGUACAUGCCCCCUUUCUACGACAUGGUGCCAUCUGACCCUAGCUUUGAAGACAUGCGGAAGGUUGUUGCUGUGGACCAGCAUAGGCCAGUCAUUCCCAAUCGGUGGUCUUCAGAUUCGGUUCUCGUGGCCACUGGGAAAAUAAUGAAGGAAUGUUGGCACCACAAUCCUACCGCCAGGCUUACUGCACUUCGGGUCAAGAAGUCGCUACUCAAGAUAGCGUCUAUGGAUCCUAAAAUCCAUAUUGACUAUUAGACAAGUGAAGACUGUA